AUGAUCAUGAAAUUUUAUUGUCUCUUCUUUAUUCUCGGUUUGAUUGCUUCCAUUUCGUGUCGCAGUAUUCAGUUCAAUAUUAACACAACUAAUGAACCAAUAUCAGCAACGACUCUCGCUCCUGAAAAAAUCCAUGUAACUAUCCAUGAAAAUAGUUAUACAGCUGAAGAUGAGUACAAAUAUAUCAAUGAAUGCGUACAGAAAUGUAUGGAAAAUCGUCCUCAAAAGCAGCAAUCCAAUUCGAACGCAUUCGAUGCAGGCAGAGACAACUGUAUUCAAAUACAAUGUCGAAUCUACCAACGGCGUCGUUAA